GUCGAGAGGAAACUCGCAGUGACGUAAAGGAACCAGAGCAGGCAGACGUAAGUGUUAAUUAGGCGUUUUAAUUACCACUGUUUUAACUGAAACUACGUCCUCUCACUCACAAUCAUCCGCGUUUUAGUGACGUUAGGGCGGACGGGAAACACACAGCUACCGAGAGCGACGGACGAGAGGAGACUAAGCGGUGUGUAACCUGUGUUUUGGCAUGGCUGAUCUGCUGAGGCUGCUGCUCCGGGUGGCUGAGAAAGCGGCUAACGUUGCUCGGGUCUGCAGGCAGGAGGCUCCUCUGUUUCAGCUCCUCGUCCAAGAGAAGACCGGAGACGACAAGAACAAGAAGUUCGUCCAGGACUUCAAGACGCUCGCUGACGUGGUGAUCCAGGAGAUGAUCAGGCAUGACGUUGGCGCUCAGUUCCCUGAGAUGGCUGCCUUCAUUCACGGAGAGGAGUCCAACAAAUUUGAAAAUGGGCUCGGAGAGAGUGUGACGGUCACCGUGUGCGGUACAGAGGAGGACACCGCGGCACUGCUGGCCACGGUGCUGGACGGUGACCACACGGCGGCGUCUCUGCUGGCUCGAGCCAUCCACCAAGAUCCAGCGAGCAUCGACGCCGAAACAGACGGUCUGACGGUGCCACUCGGCCCGUCUGAGCUCGGCAUCUGGAUCGACCCCAUAGAUGCCACCAGCCAGUACAUCGAGGGCAGGGAGGAGGUGCUGGAGGAGGGCCACCUGUCUCCUUCAGGGCUGCACUGUGCUCUGGUCCUCAUCGGGGUUUAUCUCCGGAGCACAGGUGAACCCGUCAUGGGCGUCAUCAACCAGCCGUUCAACUACAAAGACCCAGCAGGUGGAGGCUGGAGGGGGAAGCAUUUCUGGGGCGUGUCCUGUGGCAGCGUCAACGUGUGCUCAGUGUCCCGGCCAAAAGGUGGACCAGGAGCAGGUCUGUCUGCGGUGCUGAGCUCCAGUGAGAAGCCGGUGGUGAAGGAAGCCCUGACCUCUCUGUGCGGCCCCGACAAGCUGAUGUACGCCUCCGGAGCCGGAUACAAGAUCCUGUGCGUCAUCCAGGGCCUGGCUGACGUUUACGUCCUCUCGGAGGGGAGCACCUUCAAGUGGGACUCCUGCGCUCCUCACGCUCUGCUCCGAGCCCUCGGAGGGGGGGUGGUGGACCUGACUAAGUGUCUACAGUCCAGCUCUCAAGCGCAGGAGCCCCAGAUGGAACUGACCUAUCAUCAGCCCAACACUGAUCGUAAAGGAGCAGAGCGCUGGGCCAACCGUGGCGGCCUGGUGGCUUAUCGGGACGUUUCUCAGCUCCGCAGCGUCAUCGGACUUCUGAAGGACAAGCUGUAGUUAAGAGAGCAGUGGAUGUAACCGGCACACGCUGAAGCAGUUAUUGCUGCAUAUAUAUAUGAUCAUAUUCAUUCUUUAUUAGUAGGGAAGGAAGGCUGGGGUACUGGCUGAAAUAUUUUAAAUAUAAAUAAGUCUUAUUUUUAACCAGAUAUAUUACAAGAGGAACAUCCGGUCCGGGCCGAAUAAUGAUGUCAAAUACUGUCUUUUUAAUUUCUGGUGAGAAAGAUUUGUUCAGAGAGCAAAGUUAAGAACAAGGAAUGUAUUUUUUGAAAGGGAAGAACAGGUGAUGCUUAUUCGUUAAAUAUAAAGACAGCUGUUUAAUUGUCAAUAUACGAAGAGAGCCAGGAAAAGAAAAAUGCUGUUUAUGUUCCCAGUAUUGUUACCAGCUGAUAAGAAUUCAAACUAUCAGUGCAUCAGGGAGCGGAGGUCAAAGUGUGGAGAGGGACAGAAAACGUUCUACAUCAGAAUCUUUCUCAGUCAAGUUCACGUCUACGAGCUGCUUUGAUCCAAUAUGUUGGCAUUAUUUGUGACUUUUGUUUAGCUCAGACCUGAUAAGCAUUUAUUAAACAUGGCUUUGUGACAGUGUGUCUACAGAGAGCUCACUGCUGGACAGCUGAGGAACGCUUUACUGCCCGAAAAAAAAAAGACUUCAAGACGGUUCAUGACUGAUCUGAAGGAUUUAAAGGAGUUCAAGUUGCAGUUAUGAAAAGUGAUAUUACUAUUUUUCCACCUUAUCUAACCUGUAAGAGGUUAUAACAAGUCAAGUGAGUGACUCAGUAAUCUGCACCUCUGUGGAACUACUCCUUUUAAGGAGCCCUCUCUCCAUGGCCAGAGCACCAGUUAAUAAGGUCAGAGGAUGGAAAAGCCUCAUGAGGUGUGACAGUGACACAGUGUGGGUUUACAGUCAAAUGUAAUGUUGAAGGAUGGGACCUAUGCAGGCUAAAAAAAAAAGUUUGUAAUGAACUGUAAUCCUUUUGUCAAUGUGUAUGUUUAAAUGGUAUAGCUUUGAUAUGCAUUGGUAAAUAAGUAUAAGCCUUCUGAGCAUAAAACAGAACGAUGUGCAUAUAGGAAAUCCUCUUUAUUUUGAAAACCAGAGUAAGCGGGGAAAGAAACCCAACAGUGAUAUUUUUAAACUGUUUGCCAGCCAGGGAACUCGCCUCACAAUUCCCUACAAGGAAAAACAAAAACCCCUGAUGAUUGUCAGAUUUUUUGCAAGAUUUCUGCAUAUUCUGUUAAAAACUUGGAAAGAAAAA